AUGCGAUUAAUAAUUUCCAUUCUCUCGUUUUUGUUUUUGUCCGCUACAGCCUUGGCUGUUGAAAUAAAGCCUUUCUUGAAGCCCCUCAAUUCAACGAGUGGGUGGAUCAUUGGAAAUGGGCUGUGGAAUAUCACCAUUGGCGAUGUGUAUGGCAAGAAGCUAUUUUACGACGGACGCGAUCUGAUUGGCGAUGCCGUCGGGCAUUACUCUGGCUAUGAUGGAGAAUCCAAUUUCGUAUGGACAUCAGCGAGUAUUUAUGAAGAAACUCCGGAAUAUCUUGAUGUAGUAUUCAGCGCUACAGAGAUUGAUCUGCACUGGAUCAUCUACCCCGAUUUGGCGGGCGCAUACCAAUAUAUAGAAAACAAAGCCUUGCCCACUCUCGCUGUUCUUCGAACACUAUUUCGCCUCGAUAAUACGACCUUCACACAUGGUCGAACCAACAUUAAAGACGAGGCGUUGCCUCUAUUCUCUGAUAUCCUGGCGUCGACAAAGGUACAAGACGAGACGUGGCAGCGUGCGGACGGUACUUAUAUUACCAAGUAUGACUGGUCUGACUUCAUUCGCAAUCUGGACUUUCAUGGGGUCUAUGGUAGUGAGUUCGGUUCCUGGUAUAUUCGACCUGGGCGCGAUUACUUCAACGGAAAUCACCUGAAGCAAGAGCUCACGGUACACCGGGAGAGCGCCACUGGAGAUGCUGUGGAGUUAAAUGUUGUACACGGAUCACAUUUUCAAGUCAAUUCGAGCGCGACAUUUCCGGCUGGAAAGAUUUGGGGUCCAUGGUUGUGGUAUCUGAACUCGGGCUCGAGAGAUGACGCAGCUAGUAGAGCCGUGCAGGAAUUCGCAAGCUGGCCAUACUCCUGGUUGAACGACUCUGAUUAUCAAUCUCGUGGCUCUGUCUCCGGCAGACUUAUUCUAUCAGAUGGUCGGCCUGCCGCCAACGCGUCAGUGUUUCUGGGGGACAAUAGCUCGAACAAAUCGACCUUGGACCAAGGCGAACAUUACUAUUAUGCCGGUACCACUGACUCCCAAGGUUCCUUCGAUAUCGAAGACGUCCGUACUGGUACUUACGGAUUCUACGCCUGGUCGGACGGCGGUAGUAUUGCUAACGUGUCUACUACAUUCACACGCAACGAUAUCGCUGUCCAACAAGGAGAUGAAACAGCGCUUGGUCUUCUAACCUGGGAAACCCAGGCCCGGAAAGCGAUAUUCCAAAUCGGCGAACUAGACCACAAGAGUCUUGGAUUCCGCAACGGCGGUGCGCCAUACCAACACGCUCUGGUAGCACAAUCCCCAGCGAACCUCACUUACACCAUCGGCGAAUCCAACGCGAGCGAUUGGUACUUUGGGCAAUCCGCGCUGGGAGCCUGGACGGUUCUCUUUGACCUCACGGCGGCUGACGUGCCGUCGAAUACAUCUGCAUCUGCAUCUGCGGUCCUGUCCCUCUCGCUGGCGGGCUAUUCUCAAACAGUCAGUUUAGAUGUGAGCAUCAAUAGUCAGGUACUGACGAGCCUUACUUCCACUACUCUUCCCAGCGAUCCUGGCUUGUAUCGCUCUGGUACUACAGCGGGGGAAUGGCGAUUUCUCGAAUUCGAUAUCGACGCUGGGGUACUGACCGCGGGGACUAAUAGCCUUGUCUUUGAGGUCACGAGGACGACUCUGUGGCGGGGGUUUAUGUGGGACAGCAUUUUAUUGGAGUGGAAAGAAUAG